UAUGUAUGCCUUCAGCUGAGACAGCUGAAAAUAUGUUGCAAGCUGGUAAAGCAGGUAUGGUGAUAGGAUGGGGCAAAACUGAGGAGGAAUUUGAGGGCCAACCAAAUUUACUACGAGAGGUUCGGCUGACUGUACGAGACCACAAUAACUGCGGUGAAGACCAUUCGAAUACUGUGACUAACAACAUGUUCUGCGCAGGUCCACCACCAGGUCAAGAAGGAAGAGAUGCAUGUCAAGGAGACAGUGGAGGGCCAUAUAUGAAAAAGGUAGGAUUGCUAUGUUUAUUCAAAUUGUGA